GAAAUGACAUACAUGAAAACUUUAACUUCGCCUGAUACUGUAACUAAAUUUUGGUUGGUUAUCCUGAUUAUACCGAGCAUUUCGAACUGUUUAUUUUGAUGUUAAUCGUGCGUUAUUUAAAUAAAUAUCAAAGUAGUAAAAAAUGUUACCUUUGUCGUUAUUAAGAACAGCUCAAAAUCAUCCUAUGCUAGUCGAACUUAAAAAUGGAGAAACAUACAAUGGACAUUUAGUUAGUUGCGAUAGUUGGAUGAAUAUUAAUCUCAGAGAGGUUAUAUGUACAUCUAGGGAUGGCGAUAAAUUUUGGAGAAUGCCUGAAUGUUACAUUCGAGGCAGUACAAUUAAGUAUUUACGAAUUCCUGAUGAAGUAAUAGAUAUGGUAAAAGAAGAUGUACAAAUGAAGUCAAGGGGACGUGGGGAAAUGAAAGGAAGAGGACAAAGUCAACGAGGUCGCGGUAGUGGAAGAGGGACUUUUGGUCGCGGUGGUAGAGGUCCUGCUGCUCUCGGCCGUGGUGGUGGUAAUCAGGGGGGAAACAAAUCUCAAAAUAAAGCAAGGACCAAAUAAAGUUGUGUUAUCAUUUUAGUUCGCCUAGUAAAUUUUCAUCUUUUUUUUUUUUUAAUACUUUUAGUUGGGAACAUUCAUAUAUAGUAUAAAAUUAUUUUUAUGUAAUUUUUAUUUAAACUAGGUAUGCGAACGUGCAAAGUGAUGCAGCAUUUUUGUAACAAACACCUAUUGAUAAAAUACUGAUAAAAUACAUUUUUACAGUUUGAUUAUAUCCAAUUAGUAAUUUAAUUAGGAUAAUAAUAUUAAAUGUUAUGUAUAAAAAAAAAAGUAUUUAUUUCAUUUACAUAAAUUAUAGAGGACAAAACGUUUUCUCUUAAAACUAUUUAUACACAUUCCUUAUUUACUGAACAUAGAAUAAAAGUUAAAUACUAUUGUACAAUUAUGUAAAUUGUUUAUUACCAGAAGAAUAGUGUAACUAUAAUUAAUUUGAUUACGUCACUUGUUCAUAAGGUAUUGUCAGAUCAGUGAAAAGAAAAUUGUAAAAUUGAUACAAAACAUGUUGUACUUAAAGUGGAUACACAAUGACAAGUAUACAAUACAGUGUUCAAGAUUUCAUGUGCCUGAAACAAGAGAUACACCGACAUAAGAAAAAAAAAAAAAAAAAAAAAAAAAAAAGAAAAAAUCUGCAAUAAAACCGAGCAACUAAUUAUACUUACUUUAUUGAAGUUUAUUUUUAUUUUUAGAAAUGGAAUUAUAUUUAUCGUCCUUCAACUGUAACAAAAACAAACUUAGUUGUAACUUUUUAAACUACAUCCUCAAAUUUUAUGUGGAAGUAAACUUACUGUAUGAAGCUAAAUCUAUUUCAUCCGGUAAUUCUGUAAUAUUAACAUCAAACCGUUCUUGAACAUCGUUCAAUAUUUUAGCAUCGCUUUCAUCACUGACUAAUGUAAUAGCAAGCCCCUGCAAAUAUGAAGUGUUAAGACAAAUA